AUGUUUCUACCAUUACUAUUUAUGGUGUUUAUUAGUGUUAAAGCUGUAGAACAAAAUGUUAGCUGUCCUUACGUCACUCCUAGGGAAGUCGAUUUGAAGGAGCUGGACGGGAAAUGGCAUUUAGCAGCUGUAGCGACGGAUUUAGAUAUCAAAGGGGAUUGCGCGACUAUACUCUUCAACCAUAAAACCAACAACACAACAGAUGUGUCCAUCAGUUGGAUUGUCGACAACACAGUGAGCUUUUAUAACGGGUCGGUUGCCCUUACUGUUGAUGGAGACAAUGGAGGUGACCUGCUACUUGUCACCUAUACAGAUAAGAAAUCAGAGACGUACUCGAUUCUGGAUGUGAAUUACGAACAUUAUGCAGUCAUAUUCGCAUGCUACAAUAACUCUGAUGGAAAUACCAGUACAUACGAGUUAUGGAAACUAACAAGGAUGCCGCACGUAAAGAAAAUUGAUUCGACGAAAAUAGAUCAGGCUGUUGCGAACUACAAUUUGCAGAACACACCAUUCCUAUACUUCAACAAUACCGAAGAUUCGUGCAGAAUUAAUAUCGGAAGUGAUUUGAAUCCAUCUUCAUGGAUACUGACGUCUACUGCUGCUAUAACCCUCUUUAGGAGAUUAUAUUGA